UUGUUCUACAAGAUAGCUCCAGAUCUCCAAUCCUACGGUCCAACCUAGGUGAUUUUCUCCGCGACCCUCUCGGUCUCUCCUCAUUAUAUUAUCGUUGCCUCCAUCGCUGGCGGUUGUGCUCCAGCGCCCAGCACCGCCGCGGGUUUCGACUGUGCAUCGUUGUCGCCAUCGGCAGUGUUAGCUUCCUUGUUCUUGCGGCUGACCAGAGUCAAGCUCGCCAUCGCUGGAAGCCGCAACGGCAGCUCGGCGUUGUGCUUCUCCCUGUCUUUCUUCUUCUCCAAGAGCUCGAACGCGCCCCAUCCUACGCAGUAUAUAUAUAUAUAAGAUAAGAUAGUAGUGAUAAGUAGUGGCGGGUUGUUGAAGGAGAUCCCACGACCGAACUUCUCUCUUGCCUUCGCUGGUCGAGAUGACGAUGAAAGCAAGUAUGAAGCCCUACUGCGUGGCCAUCAUCAUACAACUGAUCUACACUGGCAUGUUCGUGAUAUCCAAGGCUGCUUUCAACCAUGGGAUGAACACCUACGUGUUCAUCUUCUAUCGCCAGGCAGUUGGCUCCCUCAUCUUGCUGCCUACAGCUCUUCUACAAAGGAAAAAUGCACGACCAGCCAUGUCACUUGGGGUGCUCGUAAAGCUCUUCUUCUGUGCCUUAAUCGGGAUUACGGUUGGGGUGAACCUGUACCACGUGAGCCUCAAGUUCACCACUGCAACGGUGGCAUCUGCGGCGGACAGCUCGCUCCCGGCCGUCACCUUCUUCCUGGCGGUGCUUUUGAGGAUGGAGAGAGUGAAGCUGAGGAGCUCUUCAGGCAUAGCCAAGGUCGCCGGCGUAGCGCUCUGCCUGGCGGGAGUCUUCACCAUCGCCUUGUACACCGGCCCGUCCGUGAGCCCUAUCAACCACCACCGUGCCUUCGCCUCUCAAGACCCAGCACCGAAACCUGUUGUAGUUCCCAGGGGGGUAUGGAUCAAAUGGACGUUGCUCAUGGUGGUCGCCAACAUGUGCUGGUCUUUGUGGAUAAUUUGUCAGGCAGCGGUGCAGAAGGAUUAUCCAGACAAGAUGGUCGUCACCGUGACUCAGUGCCUGCUCAGCACGGCGCAGUCGUUCGUCGUCGCAGUGGUCGCAGAGCGGGACUUCUCCAAAUGGAAGCUCCGCUUCGACAUCAGCCUGCUCGCCGUCCUAUACUCGGGUGUUAUGGUGACGGGGGUGUCCUACUACCUGCAAACUUGGUGCCUAGAGAUGAGAGGCCCCAUGUUCUUCGCCACCUGGACGCCACUGUGCUUCGUGUUCACGAUAUUCUGCUCGUCGUUCUUUCUCGGAGAGAUUGUUCACCUCGGCAGCAUCUUGGGUGGGAUUUUGCUGGUCGCAAGUCUUUAUACCAUGCUGUGGGGUAAAAGCAAAGAGGACAAGACUGACGAUGCCACCGAUGAUAUUGAGAAAUGUGGGGAGGAUAACAAGUCCGCGGAGAGCUGCCCCGGAGAACAACAACGACAGCGUACUACAGCUACAGCAGCAGAGGUCAAAGAAUCGACGUUGAUAGGCUCGGCAGAUUUGCGCGUCCAAGAACACUGAAUCUGAUAAUAUUAAUUGGAGGAUUGCAUGAACCAAUUUAUACCACUUUUUUUCUAAAUCUGCCGUCCAAGAACAGUGAAUCUUUUUUCUAAAUCGGCAGAUUUGCGCGUCCAAGAACAGUGAACCUUCUGAUCACAGAA